CGGAAGUAAACGCCGGUCGCUUCGAAAUCCUUGGACUUGUUCGUUGCUCCAAUCAGUUUGAUGUUGUUGACACGCGUCAGAUCUUAACGAAUAUUUGUUUACAUUAAGUCUUUCCGUUGCAAAAGAGCCACCAUGAAAGCCCUAAUCCUUGUGGGAGGCUAUGGGACAAGGCUGCGGCCGUUGACACUGAGCUGUCCCAAGCCCCUGGUAGAGUUCUGCAACAAACCAAUGCUUCUUCACCAGCUGGAAGCUCUGGUAGAGGCUGGGGUUAAACACAUUAUUCUGGCUGUCAGUUACAGAGCAGAUCAAAUGGAACAGGAACUGAAGUCAGUAGAGGAAAAGCUGGGAAUUACAAUAACAAUAUCAUUGGAAUCAGAGCCAUUAGGGACUGCCGGACCUUUAGCCCUAGCAAGAGAGCACCUAACAAACGACAACGAUCCAUUUUUUGUUUUAAACAGCGACAUAAUCUGCGAUUUUCCAUUUAAAGAUAUGAUCAAGUUCCAUAAACACCAUGGCAAGCAGGGAACAAUCAUGGUUACCAAGGUGGAUGAGCCUUCCAAGUAUGGAGUGGUUGUGUACGAUGCAGAGUGCGGUCGCAUCAACCAGUUUGUGGAGAAACCUCAGGAGUAUGUUUCCAACAAGAUCAACGCUGGCAUGUACAUGUUCUCACCAGCAAUGCUCAACAGAAUAGAGUUAAGGCCAACAUCCAUAGAGAAGGAAACGUUCCCAGGCAUGGCCACUGAUGGGGAGCUCUACUGUAUGGAACUACAAGGUUUCUGGAUGGAUGUGGGGCAGCCCAAGGACUAUCUCACUGGGAUGUGCAUGUACCUGACCUCCCUGAAAAAGAAGAACUCCAGUCUGCUGUACCACGGCGAGGGGGUAAAUGGCACUGCACUUGUGGAUCCCAGUGCAAAGAUAGGAAAGAAUUGCAGAAUUGGACCCAAUGUAACAAUCGGCCCCAAUGUGGUGAUAGAGGACGGCGUGUGUAUCAAGAGGUGUACGGUGCUGAACGGCGCCCAUAUCAAGUCUCACUCCUGGCUGGACUCCUGUAUCAUAGGCUGGAAAUGUGUCGUGGGCAGAUGGGUUCGGAUGGAGAAUGUAUCCGUGCUCGGUGAGGACGUCACUGUAAAUGAUGAACUUUACGUGAAUGGUGGGCGAAUAUUGCCACACAAAUCCAUCGCUGAGUCAGUGAAGGAACCUCAGAUCAUCAUGUGAAUGCAACAGACAGGAAUAAUUGACAUAGCACUGAGAUUCUCCAAUCACCAGAAUUCCAUUUCCCAACAGCAUCAUUCUUGAAAUGUAUUGUAAUUGUUUCCUUAAAUCAAGGUAUCAAUGCUUUUCUAUGUUUGUAGCACACAUCAAACUAUUUAUUUUUGUUUCCGUAUAUUAAGAUAUUGGAAAGAAGAAUGGACUUUUUCAAAAGCAGUACACAUCUUAAAAGUAUGUUCACAAAUUAAUCUUCAGUAAUAAGAUACCUUUUUGUUCCUUGUGAUUUGCAAAAAGUAACAUAUAAUGUUUUAAAUUUAAAUCUUUUUUAUGGACUGUUCUUUUUUUAAAGACUGCCAUGAUGGUCUAUGCAAUAUUUGCUGUUAUAUUUAUAUCAUAAUGUUAAGCAUAAUAAUAAUCUUAAUUCAUAAACCAUAAUUUUCGUUAACAAAAUCACUUCAUGAAUCUUGCAUUUCAUUCUUAAUAAAUGCUCAAUAGCAAUGUACAGCACUCGAUAUGCCUGGAUGAUUUCUUUACCUGCUUCUACCAAACUUGUUCAGGUACAUGACAGUGUUUUAUAUGCCAUUUGUUUGUGCCACAAGUGUGUUUGAACCAUCAAACCAAUGUUUUUAGCGUGUGUGUUUUGUCAAUCAUCCUAGUAUCUGUAUUUUUGAUAACAAUAUUAUCUGUAUGGCUAUGUCCAUUACCUAGUUUUUUUUUGCUAUUAUAUUUUCUGCUGUGUUAACUGAUAAUAUUGACAGGUAAAUUCUGCUUUGGAAUAACGUUUUGCUAAUUGUGACCAAAGAAAUUGAGUUCAUACAAAGCACUGGUUUUUAAGCAGUUUAAUAGCAAGUUCAUCCAAAGCAUUUAAGCCAAAUACGCUUUCAGCAAUCUUUGUUUUAGCCAUAGGUCAGCACUUGGGACAAUGUUUUUUAUUAUUAAUAGUAAAUGUCGUCAUCUUAUGAUUUCAAUCUGGAGUAGCAGAGUCCAGAUAUGUGCAAUUUCAUUUUGGGACGAUGAUUUAGAGCACAUUAUUUCUUGAGUAUUGAAAAUCAGAUACUUUUGAUGAUAUCUGCUGUCAUUAUGUGCCUUUAAAGUAUUACUGUACUAUAUAUUUUUUUAUACAAACCGUGUCCAAAGGUUGAAAAAUAUUUAUUACACCAAUAUUUAACCAUUAUUGCUAUAUUAUUUUUUAAGUUGUUAAAGGAUCUUGUUAAUAUUGAUAAAAAUGUUUAUCAUUAUUUAUUAUUACUGUUACUUAAUUAAUAACAAAUGUUACUGAAAUGAGUAAGGGUAUUUUACCCAUAGCGAUUAUUACAGGAAACAGAUUUUACUCAUACUUUGAAAACACAUUUUACUUACAGUAUUGAAUAGUGUGCAUUUGCUGUUUGCUUGCUUACAAUAUAAUUAAGUUUAGUUGUUAAAAUAUUCCGACAUGAUUGUAUUGUACAACGUUGGGUUGUAUUUUAUUCCUGUUGGUAGAUUGUCUUAUAUUGAGGGUAUUCUAUGCUGUUGGGACCAAUGUGAUGUGCCUGUAUACUGAUCUUUUACAUACAUGCACGAUACUUAAGCCUAAUAUUUUACAUUCACCUUUAUUUAUACAUUAAUGAAUUUACAACUAUGUAUACUAUUUAUUGCUUGGAAAUAAUAUAUUAAUUAUCUGUAUGAUGCUAGUGUUUGUGGCGUCGCUAACUUUAUCUGUUGGAAUUAUUGAUCCAGGUUUGGCUAUUCAUGAAUCUGUUACAUUGUGAUAAAUCUAGUGUGAAUGUGUCCUAUUUAUUUCUGGUAUAAGAAAAUAUGUUAUUUAAACCA